GCAACAGCUGUUUCAGCCGGCGUAGAAGCAACAUCACGGAUGGUGACAUCAUUCACCAACGGAUAUCGAGCUGUGCUGGUGUCCAUAGCGGGCCACUGACCGGAAUCGAUUCAUAACCAUCAACAGCGAAUUGUUUGCAAUGUGAUCUAGUGGCGAAGGAGGAGAGAGAGAGAGAGCGAGCGAGAGAGAGAGAGAGAGGGGGGAACAUGCCUGCUGAUGUUUCUGUCUCAUUGAGCCUCCUGCUGGCCACAUGGCACCACACACUGAUGGUGGUAGCAACAGCACCGGCAGCUCCAGUCAACGUAUCAAUAACCCAGCUGAGAUCAGACUCUGCCACCAUCACCUGGAGUGUACCACAGGGAGACACUGUCAUUGGAUACGUCAUCUCACAACAGAGGCAGGACGGGCUGAUGCAGCGCUCCAUUCGGGAGGUGAACUCGUCAAGUCGAGCGUGUGUGUUGUGGGACCUGGAUGAAGACACACACUACAGUGUACAGGUCCAGUCCAUAGGGCUUCAGGGAGACAGCCAGCCCAGUCAGACUGUCCACUUCAGGACCCUGGAGAAGACAGACCACUACCCUUCUUCCCCCUCUGCCCUAGAUGACCCAACCAUGGAAGGGAUGGAUCUGACUCCUAACCUGCAGACUGGAGAACUACUCAUCGUCACCACUGUACUGCUACUCUGGGCAGCGGUAAUAGCUCUGUUCUGUCGUCAGUAUGACAUCAUCAAGGACAAUGACUACAAGGACAAACCCAAACGCCCCUCUGUCCGGACCGAACCAUCCUACUACAGCACCAGCGUCUCAGCUCAGAGCACACCACUCUACUACAACGGACGGGUGCAAGGCAGCAAGAGUGUGACGGGACCUCCUCCUCCAUCAUCAGAGUGUGACAGGACCUCCUCCUCCUCCAUCAUCAGAGUGCGACAGGACCUCCUCCUCCUCCUCCAUCAUCAGAGUGUGACAGGACCUCCUCCUCCUCCUCCAUCAUCAGAGUGUGACGGGACCUCCUCCUCCUCCAUCAUCAGAGUGCGACAGGACCUCCUCCUCCUCCUCCAUCAUCAGAGUGUGACGGGACCUCCUCCUCCUCCAUCAUCAGAGUGUGACAGGACCUCCUCCUCCUCCAUCAUCAGAGUGUGA